UAAAAACAAAUACAAGGAUGAACAUGUGUUAUGUGUCUUACUAAUGCUAUAGGAUUCUCUUGGACCGAGUACUAGGACCAGAUUUCCAUCCAAUGACGCAGAAGCAUGGGAGGGAAUGGAGGUUAUUAUUAAUUUAUUACAUUACGUGUUAAAGAGUGAAAAUAGUAAUUAAUGUCUAUUAAUUCUGCUGUGUGGUGAAAUAGUUUCUAAAAACUAACCUUGCAUUACGUUGAAUCGGAAAAAAUAUAACCAUAGACUUAGCCUUCUCAUUAGUGCUCACAUUAUUUUCAUAAUAAUAUGAGACCAUACUUUUCUUAACUCCGAUUUUCGAGAGUUACAUGCGUGAACACACGGGUAUGGAAAUUAGAGGAAUGAAAGAAAAAAAGAUUACGGGUGUAAGAGACAAUGACUCUUGUCAAAUGCGAUUAGGGCUUUUGGGGUCCAUCCUAAUCAACCAAUAUCAUGUCUGUGUGUACAGGGUCUGUUAACAUGUAUUCAUCAGGAAAAAACCUAAUACCAGGUGGAGGCCGAAGGAGGGGCCGCUGUAAAUGGUUCAAUGUGGCCAAAGGAUGGGGCUUUGUUACCCCCGAUGACGGAGCACAGGAUGUUUUUGUUCAUCAAUCAGUAGUUCACAAAGCUGGUUUUAGAAGUCUAGAUGAUGGAGAAGAAGUAGAAUUUGAAAGUAAACCUUCAGAUAAAGGUGUGGAGGCUACCUUUGUAUGUGGACCUUCGGGAACAGAAUGUAGAGGGAGUUCACGUCGGCCACUGUCCAGGAAAAAGUUUAGAAAAAUAAGUAGGUGCUACAACUGUGGUGACUUUGGAAAUCAUAUUGCUGCCAAAUGCCCCCAUGGACCGUUACCAAAGAGAUGUCAUAACUGUAAAUCUACUGAACACCUCAUCGCUGAUUGUCCUAUUCGAACUCCCGAAAAACCACUAGUCCGAAACGGAAGUAGCGGUAAUAAUGUCGGGCUCGGUGAGGGACACAAUUCCGGAUUAGGAGGUCUGUGAAAGUGUUGUUCAUUUGUGUUUAUCGUAAAAAAUAACAGCAGAAUGGAACAUCUGUAAGUCAGAUUCGUUUGAUUUAUAGAUUGCGUUUCUGUGACAAACAAUUUCUACUAUUGUGGACUUACUGCCGCUUACUCGGUUACUAUUUUGUUCCAAGCUAACUGGAAUGUCUGGACUUCUGGAAUA